UGAAGGUCGGAGUGCUGGGUGUGUGUGUAUGUGUGUGUGUGUAUGUGUGUGUGUAUGUGUGUUCGUGUGUGCGUGUGUGUGUGUCAGAUACACUGAAGGCUACUGAGGCGGCAUCAGUUUGAGCAAGGCAUUUUUCUCUUUACCCCGACAAACCUUCAGGGGGCUUUUAGCAUUUGUUCAGUCUGCAGUCUCUGGAAAACAUCUGAUUCAUUUUUUAACCAGUCCCAGAUGCGGCAGUGUGAGAGUGUGUGUGCAUGAGCGCGUCAGUGUGUUUGUCAGUGCAUGAGAAUUUGAGGAGAAUAUCUGCUGUCUAGAGAAGGGGAGGGAAAGAAGAACCGUGUGGAUUUUUUUUAAUAUAACUUUUUAAGUAUGAACGCAGAUACGUGCGUCUCAUACUGCGAUAUGACAUCGAUGGAUUCAUAUUAUAGCACGUCUACUGCGCAAGGUAGGGAUCACCAGGCGAACCCGUUCAGGACUUUCCCGACCACUGAAACCAAAUACAGCGCCACGUUCAUUCCGGGUAAAGGGCAGGCUUACGGAGAGAAGUCCCGGAGUCCUUUCCAGUCGGAGUGCCAGUCAUUGGAUGGCGCUGAGGAGGGCACCUUCAGCAAAUAUCAGCUCUUCAUGCAGAGACCGACCUGCAAAACUCCGCCCGAAGGCAGCAAGCUGCACCCGGACAGCGGACACAACGGGACGCUCAUUCCCUGCUAUGGAAAAGACAACAGCGGCCUGACAGAGUCUGAGUUGCCCUCGAGCGUUGACCCUCCCGGGAUGGAAGGCAGCUACCUGAACCUAAAGGAGCCCGGCGUGAAGGGACCAAGCGAGCGGCCGGGCUCUGACCUUUCCAGCCCUCUGGACAAAAGCGAGGCCGAGAGCAACAAAGGCAAGAAGAGACGCAAUCGCACCACAUUCACCAGCUACCAGCUAGAGGAGCUGGAGAAGGUUUUCCAGAAGACACACUACCCAGAUGUUUAUGCCCGUGAGCAGCUGGCACUGAGGACAGACUUGACGGAGGCUCGUGUACAGGUGUGGUUUCAGAAUCGCAGAGCCAAGUGGAGGAAGAGGGAACGUUUUGGCCAGAUGCAACAGGUCCGGACGCACUUCUCCACCGCUUACGAGCUGCCUCUGCUGACUCGGCCUGAGAACUAUGCACAGAUCCAGAACCCUUCGUGGAUCGGGAGCAGCAGCGGAGCGUCACCAGUGCCGGGCUGCGUCGUGCCUUGUGACUCUGUCCCCUCCUGCAUGCCCCCUCACCCUCACGGUCCUGGAGGCGUCUCUGACUUCCUGGGUGUGCCCAGUCCAGGGAGCAGCCACAUGGGACAGACACAUAUGGGCAGCCUGUUCGGGGGUCCCGGGAUGGGCGGGGGAAUCAAUGGCUAUGAUCUCAAUGUUGAUCCAGACCGCAAGUCCUCCAGCAUAGCUGCGCUGCGUAUGAAGGCCAAGGAACACAGUGCGGCCAUCUCUUGGGCUACAUGAUGUCCCAGCCCAGUUCCACCCCGCCCCCAUAGGGCCCCCUUCUCCGGAGCAGCCAUCAGCGAGCGCUGUGGGGGAGGAGGGACUUAUCCUGAGAGCACUAAUGAUAACACAGGUCAAAUGAACAGGGAGAGACUGUGGAGAUAACAGAGGCCAUUACAGCGGCCAAAGCAACCAAGAUAACAACUGUGACUGUGACAAUCAGCAGAUGCUGAAAGCGAGAGAAAUACAGAGGUGUGACUUAGAAGAUGUUACUUAGAUGUUGUGUUCAUUCUUGAUUCCUUGAUCUCUCAGGUCUCAUUCAAAUAUGGGGUUUGUUCACAUUAGUGAUAGACUUCAGUAAAAUAAGCAAUAUAAUAAACAUGGUUUACAAAAUACCUUCAUAGAAUGCAGGAAUUCAGUGCCAAAUCCAGCCAUACAGUAUUUUCAUUUACAGAAUUAAGCUUGAUUCAUACUAUUUACUUCCUUUAGCUUAUUGUUUUUAUAAUACCCAUCCAGCCCCACUCACAUCGUUUGUGCGACUGCCACUUAAAACCUGUCACUCAUACUGUAGUUUGAAAACUCUUGUGAACGCUCAGUAUUUGAAUUUUAAAAGCCAUUUAAAAAAACAAGGCUACUCAAUGAGAGCAAGCUCAGAUGCAUACCAAGUGGUUAGAGUUUCUUUUCAGUCGCUUUGCAGUGCAGACCGUCCAUUAAAGCAUAAAGAAUAAUUAAUUUUUGUCUUACCCUGCAGUGGGUACUUUAGGACAGAGGUUGAAUGCAAUAAGUGAACAGAGUCUAAUUGAGCAAGAGCAGACAUGGCCUGUGCCAGGUUAGUCUGGGAGGAGGGCAGGCACUCGAUUGGCAGCAAUUUCAAACCAACGUGUCAUUUCCUCCCCCAGGGCUGCCUCCACAGGUUCCCCUGCUAGGCUCAGGCCUCAGGUUACAGGAAACAGUGCGUCCACUGGCAGACGAGGCGCAGCAACGCACAGCAGCAGCCAUCAACACCAACUAACCAUGCCAGCUUCAAUCAGCGACCGACAGGAAUAGACACACUGAAUUAGCAUCAAAGUGAGCCGUCCUGCCCUGCGAACACCACGGCACAUCACAGCGUACAUGGUGAGGACAUACUGCACACAAGCUGUAAUAAUCAAUUCGUCGUUUAGACAUGGGCUCAGCAGAGAUGACUCUCGGAUUCGUAGCUUGCUCACAGAAUCUGUCGCAUGCCAGAGACUGCGGGCUGAAUCAGUGGCCCUAAUCACCCUGAGGAGCAUUCUGUAAUGUUUAGGUAAUGUGAUGACAUUAGAGCUGGACUGCAGGAAUGUGGUGAGUAUGUCCAGUGAUUGCAAGGGGUGUCUCUGUGUGUUACCCCGCUGGAAUAAGCUUGUCACCAGAGCCGGGCUGCAGGCGGAGGCUAGAGACAGGCUUCAUUAGUUUUUUGGCUGAUCCCUCUAUGACGCCCGCUGGGCUACAUAUCCGUUUUCUUUCUCCUGUGUGGAUGAUGGCAGUUAAGUCUGGUCCUGCUCCUCAUAGCUGGUUGAUCACUGUAACAUAUGAGUGCCCAUUACAACCCUCUUAAAUGAGAGUAGGACUGCUACUAACAAGUGUUUUCAGUAUUGAUUCAUCUACAAAUUAUUUUCUUGAUUAGAUGAUUAAUUAUUUGCCCUAUAAAAUGCCAGGAAGUAUCUUUUUUAAAAAUCACAAUUUCUCACAAUGACAGUGUCCUUAAACCCAAUACGACUCCUUAAAAAGUUUUCCGUCUUUACAUGUAGAGAUAAAAACAUUUAAAAAUUCAUGCUAGCAUCCAAAAUUCUUUGGGAAAAUAUAUUGUUGCUCAAGUCCUCUCCUGAUAACAGCAAGUAAGUCAAGUGACAACACGAUGAUGACUUUGAGAGAGUGUUCAUGCUGAUAAUAAAUUGUACACAGAGCAUGUUUUGGCAGUAGUCAAACAAGUGGCAUUGAUCAACAAGACAAAGGCUUCUAAAAUUGAGCCAUGACUCUCUUCAGUUGAGAAGAAACAGUUUGAAUUAAUGUAGAUUUUGGUGGAAGUGAGGGCUAAAAAUCAAAAACAUCAUCAAGAUUUCAAGAGAAAAACAGGACGCAGUCACAAUAAAUUUAUGCACGACAACAUGUGUGACUGAAUUCUUACUUUGUUGAGUCGACUGUGCGUUUGCCUUCUCGCUGGUCCUCCCUCAGUGCUCCACUCCUCUGCAGCUCCGUCCAUGUUGAUACUACUGAAAUAAAGCGAUUGAAAUCCAUGGUUAUAAUGUCGUAUUGUGUGAAUGUGAACAAUAUAAAUGAUAUUGUUCUUUUGCUUGUACAUUUGUUUUUGCUUAUUUGUCAAAUAAAGAUUCAGAGAUAAACCAAUGAAGUAUUACAGUAAUAUUGCCAAGAAGUGUAAAAUUAUGUUCUGUGUGUUAUUCUGAAGAGUUGCUCUGGACUUUUACUGAGGUUGAAAUUGCUUUCUAAUUUUCUUAUGGUUUCAAGCAGCUUUUUCUAUAUUAAUCAAGUAUUUCUACUUCUGAUUGUGACUUUAUAUAAUGUGCCUUUGCAAUAAGUUAUUGCACUUACAGUGUUGGAGAAGUUUUUUGUUUGUUGUUUUUAUUUUUGACUUCGAGUGGGACAGUAGUGUCGUUGCCAAAGCGAGAUGCGUUUGGUUUGUGUCCCAACAGUCAAGAA